AUGUCUACAUUCGGUCAUAUGGAAGAUCUUGGAUUGUAUGCGGGCAUACUCACAUCAGUUGGUCAUCAUGUUCCUGGCUUGGACGAAUUGACCUUUCCGAUCACUCAAGACACUCAGGAAACUAAUAAUGAUCUUCCUUUUGAAGUUCAACAUGAUGUUGUGGAAGUGCAGGCAUCUGAAGUUGUUGUUCGCCGUCGUACUGCAAAGGGUGCGUCACAUAGGUCCAAAAAAUUUGAUCAAAAGGAAGAUGUAGUUAUAUGCUCAGCUUGGUUGAAUGUUAGCAAAGAUCCUAUUCAUGGGGACAAUCAAACUCGUUUAUCAUUUUGGAGAAGAAUUCAUGAUUUCUUUGAGAAAAAUAAGGAAACUCCAGCUAUUAGUGAAGCAUCUGAGAUGUACACAGGAGUAGACGAGGAAAAGAAGUCGUUUACUCUUAUGCACUGUUGGAAAAGGUUGAAGGAUGAAGACAAGUGGAAGUCAAAGAUGAUUGAGCUGGCUGAGCAGCAGAAACAAGCCGCAAAGAAGAAACAGAAGACUAAUAAGGAGUCCACGCCGAGCAAUGUAGAAGCCAACAACAAUGAUGAUCUACAAGAGAUUGCAGCCCCAGGUUCUCAAGAACGAAAGAGGCCAAUGGGUCAGAAGCAGGCAAAAGAAGCUAGGCGGGGAGGCGACGACGCUUGCAUUGUAGCUUUGGAUAAGAUGUGGGAGAAGAAGGAGGUUUCUGACUGGGAAAGAGACAAGCAGAGAAAGGAGAGAUGCAUGGCUGCAAUUGAGGUAGACAAGGCUGCACUUGAGGUACAGAAGGCUUCACUUGAGCUUGAGAAGAAGCGGUUGUCAAAUGAAGAAAAAAAAGUUGAAGCGGACUUGCUGAAGGAGGAGAAAGAAAUAAUGUUAGCGGGCACGAGCUCCCUCGACCCGAUGCAGCUGCAAUGGCUUGACAUAAUGAAGAAGAAGAUACUUGCACGACAUACGGCAAAUUAG